AUGUCGAUUCCAGUCUUCGAAGCCAUAAAGAAACGUAAACGUACUCCAAAAAUCUAUGGCUUACAUACAUUCGGCUACUCCGGCAGUCCAAUUUCUCCCUCCGGUCCUUUCCGAGAAAAUAUCCUGGCCUUCCUCAGAGAAUGCGCCGAACCAGAAGAAUACAACGUCGAUGGAAUGAACAUUUGGUGUACCUUUCUCCUCCAUGAGACCAGAGGUUUUCUCGUCCCGCUUUACACCAUUGAAGAAAGCGUCGAGUAUUCCCUCUCCCCAUUCUGCGAUCACUGCCGAUGCACCGGUUGGAGUCAUCAUUUUGUGUCGAAACGUAAGUAUCAUAUCAUAAUCCCGGUAGACGAUGACUGGAAUCGGCCUCUGGAUGAUCACACAUUUGAUCAGCAAACACAUCUCCUACAUGGAUUGAUCCAUUCGAAUGGUUUUGGUCAUUUGCUCUGUAUUAAUGGAAUUGAAGGCGGUUCUAAAUAUCUCUACGGGAGAGAGAUUAUGGAUUUGUGGGAUCGGAUUUGCACCAAUCUUAAAGUCAGGAAAAUUACGGUGGAGGAUCAAUCGAAGAAACGAACUAUGGAUCUUCGUCUUCUUCAUGGCAUAUCAUAUGGGCAUUCUUGGUUUGGAAGAUGGGGUUACAAAUUCUGCCAUGGAAGCUUCGGCGCGACUGAAUAUAAAUAUGAAAUAGCGAUCCAAGUUCUAAGCAAUUUAGAAAUUGACAGUUUCAUACAAGAUUUCUCUUUAUCGCAUCAACACCGGACAAUUAAACAGAUUGCUUGCUAUUAUCGAGACUUAAGUGAAACCAAAUUGCUCACAAUGAGAGAUCUUCUCAGAUUCAUGCUCACCCGAAAAUUCCAAGCACCGGUUCAGAAGAAACAGACGACGACGACGACAACGACGAAUUCAUAUGAAAGUUCAACCAGAAAAGUUACCCAAAGCAAGGUUGUAGCGAAAGAAAAUAGUCACUUGAAGUACAGGAAAUUCGAGAACAUGGCCGCCAAUGACAGCCGGUGGCCGGCGAGACGACUUGAAUUCGCAGCCAAUGUGAUUGUGGAUGCGUUAAAGGAGAAGAAAGCGUUUAACAAGUUCAAGAAUUGUUCUAUGACAAGACAGGAAGCUAGAGAUGCGGCUCGCCUGCAUAUUGGGGACACGGGUCUAAUCGACUACGUUCUGAAAUCAUUAAACAACGUGAUCGUUGGAGGCCAGAUUGUUCGCCGUGCCGUCAACCCAUCAACCCGGGUUCUUGAAUUUUCAAUCCAUGAGGUUGAGAACGGAUCUGGGUCUGGGUCUGGAACUGGAACCAUCCGGGAAGACGAGGGGGAACUCGCCGUGAUAUCUCCGAAGCCGGCUUCUGAAAAGGUGACUCCAGCCGGAGAAGAUGUAUACGAGGAUGUGAUUUACAUAUACAACAAUGUGCUGAUAGGAAACCAUGAAUCGAAAUUGGUCCAAUUAGCGAUUAGAACAGUUCUUGACAGCAAGCAUUUUGUGAAGGAAUGGCCGUUCUUGGAUCCACCCGACAACUUAUUGAGAUUUGUUUGCCGUGUCAACCCAUUUCCAGGCGAAUUGGAGAAAACCCAAAUUCAAUUCCCAAAAGUGAUGGGAGAAUACAUUACUCUUCCUUUACACGCGACGAUUGGAAUUCUAAAGGCGGCGGUGGAGAUGUCGAUGAGGAAGACUUAUUGCGCCAUGGAGAAACUGGUAAUAAGAAGCGUGAAGACAAUGGAAGAGAUGGAAGAUGAAGAAGUUUUGUUUGGUUUAGUUCAAUCUGGAUCAGAGAUUUCGUUGUGGGGGGAAGGGAUAGAUUGGGAAGGGGAAUUGAAACACGAAGGAGGAGCUGAGAAUUGGGUGGUGAAGUGUAAAUGCGGGACCAGGGACGAUGACGGCGAGAGGAUGGUGGCUUGCGAUGUUUGUGAGGUGUGGCAGCAUACAAGGUGCAGUGGCAUAGGGGAAACAGAGGCGGUUCCACCUUUAUUCGUUUGUGCUUCUUGUUGUGCUUCUCUUAUGCCGACUAUUAACCAGCCGCAGCCAAGCUUUGACCUAGAUUUCCUGGGAACGCAACUUCUCAUUAGUAAUGGCGAUGGCGAUCAUGGUGAUGAUGAUAAAAGGCUCGUCAAUACCUUAUUUUCUUGA